CCCAUCAACCUAAAACCAUUCGUGUCGCGAAAAGUCUCGUAACUUACUCCGUCUCUCUCACGCACUCACUAAACGAAAAAUGUUUUUGCAUUGGUAAAAAAAUGUUUUAUCUUUAAUGUCAAUAAUAAAUCCUUACUACUUACGUCGGUACAAUAUUAGUGCGCGAAAUUGUAUUUUAAAGAUUUUGUUUAUAAAGGUGUUUAAUAUUUAUACAUUAAAUAAUAAUAUUUCAAUCAGUUCGUUUACGGUGUUUGCCUCGAGCUAGUGGGUGUUUUGUGUUAAUUUUAUAUUAAUAAUGAUUUAAAAUGUCGUUUUGAUUCACCGAGUGUUGUUAAUAGGUACGAUAAUUUUUUCGCGGCACUAAUUAAAAAUUCUCUACUUAAAUUUUAAAUUACCAUUAAUUACCAGAUUAUUCAGUUAUGGUGCAUUCGGCAUGAACUUUUUUAACAUUCAUUCAAUGUGGCGCCCAAUCAAAUGGAUGGGGACAAUGUGACUGCUAUGGAAACUGAUAAAUUAGUCGACGACGAUAUCGGUAAUAAUCAGUAUCCAUCAAUGACGAUCCUAUACGAUCCAACUAUUAGAAAAGACUCCACAACCAAUGGUGUUGCAUCACCACAAUUUGCUACUGAACAAGAACUUUGUCUUAUGUACUUUGAUAAAUGGAGCGAACAACAUCAAAUCGACUUUGUCGAACACCUAUUAUCACGAAUGUGUCACUAUCAACAUGGACACAUAGAUACUUAUUUAAAACCAAUGUUACAAAGAGACUUCAUAUCACUUUUACCCAAAAAAGGCCUAGACCAUGUUGCUGAAAACAUUUUAUCCUACUUAGAUGCUGAUUCUUUAUAUUCUGCUGAAUUAGUUUGUAAAGAAUGGUAUAGGGUAAUUUCGGAAGGCAUGCUUUGGAAAAAAUUAAUAGAACGUAAAGUUCGUACUGAUUCAUUGUGGCGAGGACUGGCAGAAAGGAGAGGAUGGAUCCAGUACUUAUUCAAACCAAAGCCAGGUGAACAUCAUCCUGAUCAUUUCUCCUACAGAGCAUUGUUUCCUAAAAUAAUACAAGAUAUAGAAAGUAUAGAAUCUAAUUGGCGAACUGGCAAUUUUCUUUUACAAAGGAUAAAUUGUCGGUCAGAAAAUUCGAAAGGUGUUUAUUGUUUGCAAUAUGAUGACAAUAAAAUUGUCUCUGGUUUACGUGAUAAUACAAUUAAAAUAUGGGAUAGAAAUACAUUAGAAUGUGUUAAGGUUUUAACGGGCCAUACUGGUUCAGUUUUAUGUUUGCAAUAUGACGACAAAGUGAUUGUAAGUGGUUCUAGUGACAGCACAGUACGUGUUUGGAAUGUUGCAACAGGAGAAAUGGUGAAUACAUUAAUACACCAUUGUGAGGCAGUUUUACAUCUAAGAUUUAGUAAUAAUAUGAUGGUCACAUGUUCAAAAGAUCGAUCAAUAGCUGUAUGGGAUAUGGUUUCUCCUAGUGAAAUGACUUUGCGACGUGUUCUAGUUGGUCACCGUGCAGCUGUAAAUGUUGUUGAUUUUGAUGAUAAAUAUAUUGUAUCUGCUUCUGGUGAUCGUACAAUUAAAGUUUGGAAUACAUCUAGUUGUGAAUUUGUAAGAACCCUUAAUGGUCAUAAGCGUGGUAUUGCUUGUCUACAGUAUAGAGAUAGAUUGGUGGUCAGUGGUAGUUCUGAUAAUACUAUCAGAUUAUGGGAUAUUGAAUAUGGUGCUUGUUUAAGAGUACUAGAAGGUCAUGAAGAACUAGUGCGAUGUAUUCGAUUUGAUAGUAAAAGAAUUGUCAGUGGAGCUUAUGACGGGAAAAUUAAGGUAUGGAAUUUGGUAGCAGCAUUAGAUCCUCGAGCAUUAUCAUCUACUUUAUGUUUGCGUACACUCAUGCACACGGGACGAGUAUUUCGUCUUCAGUUUGACGAGUUUCAAAUUGUUAGCUCAUCACAUGAUGAUACUAUUCUUAUCUGGGAUUUUCUUAACUAUAAUGAUAGAAAUAACUCAGCAGCUGGUCCAUCAAGUAAUGCUGUACUGCAUGCUGGUAAUUUACCUCAUCCAAGUGAUUCUCUGCCUCCUUUGCCACCAGGUUUUGAGUAACUUUAUGAGUUAUAGUCAUGCGUAAUUGACAAAGUACAAAAUUAGUACUUGCUUAAAGAAUCACAAUUAUAAGAUGUUAUAGAAAUCUUAUUAUGACAUGUUCUCAGUUAUAAUUAUUUAUAAUAUAUUAUAUUAUAUAUAUUAGUAUUAA